AUGAGUGCAGCAGCAAAUCAAGGCAAAGAAUCAGCAGAACUUCUAAUUUCACAAGGAGCAGAUAUUGAAACCAAAAACGAUGAAGGAAGAACUGCUAUUCUAGUGGCUGUUAUUCAAAACUCUCAAGAAAUCGUAGAACUUCUUAAUUCACAUGGUGAAGAUAUUGAUUUAAAAGAUAUAUAUGGAAAUACUGCUCUUCAUUUGGCAAUAAUGAACAAAAGAAUAGAUAUAGCAAAGCUUUUAAUUAUGAAAGGUGCUAAUGUAAACUCUAAAAAUUCAAUUGGAGCUACAGCUCUUCAUUGCGCUGUAACUGUGAAUUUGAAAGAAAUUGUCGAACUCCUUGCUACAUCAGGUGCAAAUUUGGAUGCUAGAACCAAUUCUGAACUUACUGCUCUUCAUAUUGCGGUAGAGGGUGGUAUUUUUGAACAAUGA